AUUCCAGGCUUCAGGUGCCCCGCUAACACACAACACUAUUAUCUCAAUCCCGAGGCACUUGGCCUUAGAACUUCACUUGUAGACAGGCAAAAAGGUCCUCCUCCGGUAUCUACAAAUAACAGUUACCCUACUUUCGAUUAUAAGGGAAUUAAAGAACCUAGACAGUUACAUGUACCGCUUAGGUGGUGAUAUAAUUAAUAGUGACAUAAGUCCAACCCCGCAAUGGCUACCCCGAAACCGGAGAAGUUGUUGUGUGUUCUACCACUUCCAGCACCGCCAAACUUGGAACAGCAGAUGAAGGAGAAACAUCCUGAGAUGGAUUUCGAGUAUAUAUUUCAUCGCUUUGACACGAGGAAUGCUCUAGCCUGCGUGAAGGAUAUUGUUCCUCCUGAAAAAUUCCAGUCUGCCACAGUACUGGUUACGUUGACCAUGCUUCCCGAUCCGGCCGACUGUCCUAAUCUGGAGCUCAUUCAUGUUUUCUCAGCGGGAACGAAUCACAUUGCCAAUCAUCCCAUUUUUACGAACACGAAGAUCCCGAUAUGCACCGCUACUGGCGUCCAUGGGCCUCAGAUUGCGGAAUGGGUGCUCAUGACUCUCCUCGCUCAUAACCACCUCCUGCCGCGGAUGUAUGAGUUCCAAAAGAAGCAUCUCUGGGAGCGGGAGCGGACGAUGGAAUUUCAUCGUGUGCGCGACCUUGUAGGCCAGCGGAUAGGCGUGCUCGGGUAUGGCAGCAUUGGACGGCAAAUCGCGCGAGUCUCGAAAGCAAUGGGGAUGGAUGUCAUUGCUUACACGGCCACGCCGAAGAAAACUCCCGAAGCGCGCCAGGAUUCUGGGUAUAUUGUCCCGGGAACGGGGGAUCCGGAUGGAAGUAUCCCGAGUGCCUGGUUUGGGGGAUUGGAUAAAGAUUCGCUGCACAACUUCCUGGAGCAGGAUAUUGAUGUGUUGGUGUUAUCCUUACCAUUAACGGCCAAAACGCGCCACUUGCUAGGGGAAGCGGAGUUCGAAAUUCUGGCCAAGAAGCAGGCAUUCCUAGUCAACAUCUCGCGUGGAGAAAUCAUUGACCAGCCGGAUUUGAUUCGAGCCCUGGAGAAAGGCUCAUUGCGAGGUGCAGCUCUCGAUGUGACGGAUCCUGAGCCGCUUCCGAAAGAUGAUCCCUUGUGGGACGCGCCAAAUAUUCUGAUAGCCCCUCAUAUCAGUGGCGUUGGGUCGGCAUACUCAGAGAGAGCCUUUCAGAUAUUGGACAUCAAUCUGACGAGAAGGGCGAAGGGAGAGAAGUUGAUAAACGUCGUUCAAAGGGAGAGGGGUUAUUGAAAGCGGAAUUCAAGACUUGGAGCAUGC